CUUCCUGUUCUUGACAAUGCAUCAUACCACAAUCGCGAAACGGAUCAAAAAAGCAGGAAGGAGCGGGAGCCUUCAACACACCGGACUCCCGCUCGUUUUGACGCCGCUAUCGCGAAGUUCUCCACUGGGGCCGGGAGGUUCUUCAGAUUUUGUCACGACAUUUUCAGUUGCAGCUUGGACCCAAACUACCUAGAGGUACUCAAUUGCUGCCACUUGGAGGCCGAACCAACACCACGGCGACGAGAGGCUCAAGAUCUCGACCUCACGACUAAUCUCACCCUUUCACGACAAUAAGGACAGUGUGGCAUCUAAGCUCGCUACAUCUUCGCUUUUCAUUGUACACAGUGGCACAGACGACCCAAGUUCCGGUACCGCAUCGUCUGGUCAGCCGACACCCGCGAACUUGCCGGCCCAAUAUUCCCCAGAGCCUUCUCCGCACACCAAGUGGUACCAUUGACACUCUGCAACACUUCGCUCGCCUCAUUUCCUAUACAAGAGGCUCUUCGGAGCCCCAAGGACGAUACAAGGAGCUCCCACAUGGAAGACAGACCAACACUGCGCCUAGUCAUCACAGCAUUGCCCUGAGACGCGCCGCAGCUGUUGUCAAGUGUAUCGGAAGGGACCGAAGCCACCGCGUAUCUCGCCGCCUAAACGUUAAGAGGCUCAACCCGCUCUCGAGCUUACUACCGUGUUACAGCCAAGAACUGGUACAGCCGCUUCUCGUUCCAAAGCAUCAAGCAAGCUGUCUUAGCAUAACCUUCGGAGCCUCAUCAAGCCAUCCAACGCUUCUGUUCCUCUGACCUUGCCAUAUCUUUGCUAUCCGAUGUUCUCCCGUUCCCGUCUAACUCACGCUUCGCCUUACCCGAACGCUUUGAACAGCUUUGACCGUCUCUGCCCGCAAUUCGAGCCCGAUCAUUGGCCAGCUAUCCACUAUGUCAAAGUCUCCGCCUUGGAGGCCGCUUCCGGUCACGGCCCCAGGUAUACCCAAUCUUUUGGUUGCCACCAACUUCACGGCCCAGUCAUACAAGGUACACCUGACCGACCUUGCCAACGUCUGGGUGGAGAACAUGGACAGAAGACCUAUUAUGGGAAGAGCAUCAGCUGAGGACACCAGUAUCGACCCAACAGACGGCAAUGAGAACUUGCAGAGGUUACUGGAUUGGAUUCGAGCUGCCUUCGACAUUGACGAUCCAGGGCAUCGCAACACGUCUCUGACUCUCGGCCAAGGCAAAGACGAUUCGAUUGAGGUUCAAAUUACCUGCAUCCUACCCGAGCCCUUCAAGCCUUUGAAAUGGCCACUGUACCUGAAAAAGUGCUCUGCCUCUACGCUUGCGACGGAACUUGUGUUGCCACUGAUCCAAUCGCACGAAGCCCGAGCACAAGAGAUCAACCAUCUCAUCGCCACCAUUCGCGACAAGGACGCCGUUAUUAACAGACUUGUAGACAAGCUGGAGGCCAACGGUAUAGGGCUCGAGCACAUCUUCAACAAAUUGCCAGGCAAGCGCAAAGUCGGCAGGAAGGAAGCAGAAGGCAAGAUUAAGGGCCUCGCGACCUUUGUCGAAGCAGACUUCAGAAACGAUGGAGUACAAGGAACCACUAGCUCGACGGACGUCCCUACGCUCCUUGACACCGUCUUCCGCGAAACCGGACUCAAGCACAACCCUGAAAUGGAGUUUGAAGCAUCAGCCAUAUUAGACACCUGGUGGACUGAACUCGGCAGAGGGAGAAAGCUUGCCCUUGCCGAAAGGUCAAAGAGGGAAACACAGACGCCACCACGGCCUGAAUCACCAGCGAAGGAAGAGAAUGAUGAUGACUUCCAAGUGCAAGCCACCCCGCCUGGCUUGAAACCAGCGAGCAAGAGACGUGGUCACGUCGCUUGUCAGACAGUCAUUGACGAUGUUGAUGCCACAUCGGACGGCGAGGACGAAGAUGCGCAGAUGACCCAGAGCCCACCUCCUCUUCUUACAAAGGCCUCGCCGGAGAGCACGCCGGCUUACAGACUGGGCAUCCUUGGCGGCCGGAAGCGACCGCCCAGCCGCUCACCGUCGUCAGCAAUACCCGAGAAAGACGGUGGUCUGACCUCAGAAACAGCUUCAGAAGCAGAGGAAUACGCGUCGUCCCCUCCUCCUUCCUUGUCCAAGCCUGCGCCUAGAAAAGGAGGACUUGGUCGUAUAGGGGGUAUGGGUGGUAAAGCAAAGCAGAAAGAGUCUGAGUAUGAGCCUCAACCUGAGCACAAACGAUCGCCAUCUUCGCCCCCUGCUUCUCAGCCGAAGAGACACAAGCUGGGAAUAAUUGGAAAAGCGCUGUCUCCAAAAGACAGCAGGAUCAUUAGUCGGGGUAGAAGUAAGAGCCCUAGCGCGGCCCCUAAGCCACGGGAAACAUCAGAGGAGCGAGCAGAUCGGAAGCGAACCGAGCUGCAGAGGGAGCUGGAGAGGAAAGCCACGGGGCCGGCCAAGAAGAAACGCAGGUUCUGAUGAUGACGAGAAGACACCCGCGCUUGUCUUCUCUCUUCUCUUCAGCGUGAUUAUCACCGCUGCGAGCAAAAUUUGCCAAAACAACCAUUCGUUGACUACCUAACUUAGCGGGCGCCACUGACAGGAUCGCUUUUUCACGUAUGCGGACGUAAAUUCGCGUUGGUAGACGCCCGGUUUUUCUGCCGGCCGUGGGAUGCUGGCGCUGCUGCAUUUGAAGACACGCUUGUCACACAGGGAAGAAGAUCAAUCCGCUGGAGGAUCUCGGAUACGAUACAUUUGGAACAAUACAUGUAUCUACCAUACCCCCUUCUUUCAUGAUUCUGGGUGAUGACAUGUCAUUUCCGCCCGGCAUCUUGCAGACUUGUGAGACUGACCCUCUCCGUCUCUCACCGUCGAGUCUCGGGUGGCUGUGAUCCAUUGAGUUAUCGCUACCAAGCCAUAUGUUCUUGCCGAUAGCGCUACCACGCCUAGCUACAGAGCUGUUAGAACUCCGGAUGAGCCAAAGAACCCUCCUGUGGCACCGAGUUUCAAAGAUGUGGAACUCCUCGGCACCAGUCAAUACCGACCACACAACGAAAUCCCCCCAGCAUACUCUGUCACACACCACAUGCUUCUUCCCGCCCAAGCGUCCCAGUGUGGCUUCUGUCAAUCCCGCGGAGUCGACAGCAUCAAUGUACCAUGCAUUUUCAAUUCUUCUUUGCAUCCCGUGGAUCUUCUGUGACAGGUGACAGAAAAAUGCUGUGGUACCGACAUGGGUCUGGAACUGAACCGAGCGCGAGAAGACCGGGGAGUUUCUCUGAAAAGUGAGAGUUGUAAUGGACUACGUUGUCCAUGGCGUUGUCGGCGCCGUUCAGGACGUAGAGGUAGGUUACGUCCAUGACGCGGUGUCUUUGGCACUUGGAAGUAUGCCCUGACAAUGAGAGACCGUUCCAUUGUAACGGCCGGGAAGGAAAAGAAGCUGGUGAUACGGCAUGGACGUGAGCAGAGAGCGGCAUAUCGGCAGCUGCGCUGGCUUCAGGGGCGCAUGGAGGGUCGCAUAGUAGUGUGCGGUAGGUAUCAUUCACGAGCUACGGGCGCAAACCCAUCAUCCAGACCGCCCGUACUGGCCAUGUUGAGCCGCAACGGAUGGGUCGGUCAGACAAGCCACGAGCACUCGGGUAUAAUAUCUCCGUCUGUCACAGUUCUGUGAUGGAGGCAAAUACGAAGAUCGAUGUGUUUCAGGAUGAUUCACGAGCUAUCACAUGCACAAUGCUCCAGUCGUUGCUGUUGCACUUGUGGAAGGGUUUCUCCGCCAUCAGUCACUCAGUGUGUAUUUCGAGCAGCCGAGUUUUCGGAUAAGGCUGUGGGUUGGAGACGUGACUGAUAGCCUUACGCAACCUCGACCCUGUGAGUCUUUGAGAUCAAGCUCGGAGUUUUGGUUGUGGCAAGUGCCAAGACGAAGAUGGAAGUUAGACACAUUGCCCUAUGCUUGUCCAUUAACACUACCUGGUCUCCCCCAAGGGCAGUGCAAUGAAAACUAUCGUGCAGGAUUUGUACCGUGAUUGUUG